AUGGUCCCAGUGGAAGUGGAAAUGGAGCCGGCAGUGGGACGAGGACAAAUGAACUACAUCAUUGAUAAAGUUGAGUCAUCUUUCCAACAAUCCGAUUUACUGGUCCACUAUAUUUUGCCAACAAUUCAUCGCAAUACCAUUGUCGACUUGACAUUGCCUUGGACGUACGACCAUUUCGCUUUACUCAUUCCCGCCCCAGAUGAAACGGCCAACAUCAACGCCGUCGUCAAACCAUUCCAAUGGCCGAUUUGGUUGGGAGUCGGCGUAUCUAUUGCAUGCGUCAUUGAAAUUCUGAAUUCUAUUCAACAAUAUCUGGAUAGAUCCUCAUUCAGAAAGGAAACAGACACAAUGGAACUCGGAAAUAAAGGAGCCGAAGCAAAGACCAGCAGAGACUAUAAGAUGUACGUUUUCGCGGUAUUGCUGUCUCAAGGGGAGCCAUGCAGAUCAAAACGGUUACCCAUUCGUUUGAUGGCUGGCGCUUGGUGCUUGGCGGCUUUCAUCUUUACCCAAGCCUAUUCCUCGACUCUUUUCACUUACAUAGUGGCACCGGUCAAUUGUCCGCUAAUCAAUUCCAUUUACGACGUUUUCGAAAAAAGCGAUGUUAAAUUACUCGUCAGAGAAGGAACUGUCGAUCGCUUAAUUCAGAAAAAAGACAACCCGGAUGUAUUUACUAAAAUAGUAAAAAAACUUGAAUCUUACCCGAAUUCUCGGUGCGCCUAUUUAUCCGAGUGUCUUCAGCAGGUCAAACCAGGAUCACGAACCACUUUCCUGGAAUCCAACGAUUACCUCAAAGACGCAAUGAGAGCAGAAUUUAAAAAGACUGGCAAUUGCAACUUGCAGUUGGCAAAUGAAGGAUUCACCAGCAUUAUUGUUUCAUUGGCUCUACCGAAAAACAGUCCCUACACCACAACUAUUAAUCUAGGAUUACUGCAGCUUCAGCAAACCGGGCUGAUGGACUACUGGGAUUUGUGGUUUCGCCCAUUACCUUCGCCGUGUAACGAAAAACCCACCAAUGGAAAAAGUUCCCGGAAAAAAAAUCCCUCGCUAUCUUUCAAAAAUUUGACCGGUGCAUUCCUCGUCAUUGCAGUUGGACUGUGUCUUUCCAUUUUAGUUUUUCUUUUGGAACUAAUCGUUUCAAUGGCUAAGUCUAAGCUCCAUCUUAGACCGAAAGUAACAAGCAACCGCAUUGAAAAAUCUAAGAAAAAGUUACCGUCAACUAUUAAAGAUGAAUCGGCAAAUGACAUCAGCAUCGAAGAAUCAUCCAGCAAUAUUAUAGAAGUAGAAUAA